CCUCUAACACCCAUGGCUCUUGCGGCGAAAAGCUUAUCCUCGGCAUCCGAGCGAGUACACACCGCUGUGACGGCUGCCAACGCUGGUACGACAAACUCGACAAAUCUCACAAAUCCCUCUGGGACCCACGCCGCUCAGCUUCAUGCACAGCAGCAGCACAACACACAGCAACACGCUCAGAAAGCACAGGCGCAGGCACAGCAGAGGCAGCAGUCGCAG